ACCUUGGCAUGCGAUACGGCACCCCAAAUGUAACCAGCUAAAAAGACCUCCUCAUCAGAAAAGUAAAAUUGUGAUCCAGGCAUCCUGGACUUGUGUCUUACAGUAGACCUUAAUAGACGAAGACCGAGAGAACUCAGCCACCCACCACUGCCCCCCAGUCAAGCGUGACAAGGCGCGGGCUGGUUGCGUGACUCGUGACGUCUCCAAGCCCUAUAGGAGCAGCGCCUGGGGCCUUUCGUGGGGGAUGAUAUCCUUUCGAAACUCCUUGUGAGCUACCUUGCCUCAGUGAGCAAAACCCUUUUGGCUUCUGGGCUAAAAGAAGACUGAGAUUCCUGGAGAAUAGAAUUUCGCGCGGGCACUGGACCCCGGGCGCACCAUGGCCGAUGCAGAUGAGGGCUUCGGCCUGGCCCACACGCCUCUGGAGACCGAUUCCAAAGACAGGUCCUGCGAUUCAAAACCCGAGAGUUCUCUGGGGGCUCCCAGCAAGUCUCCAGCAUCCCCGCAGGCCGCCUUCACCCAGCAGGGCAUGGAAGGAAUCAAGGUGUUUCUUCAUGAACGAGAAUUGUGGCUGAAGUUCCAUGAAGUGGGCACAGAGAUGAUCAUCACGAAGGCCGGGAGGCGGAUGUUUCCUAGUUACAAAGUGAAGGUGACUGGCCUUAAUCCUAAAACAAAGUAUAUUCUUCUCAUGGAUAUUGUUCCUGCGGAUGACCACAGAUAUAAAUUUGCAGAUAAUAAAUGGUCUGUAACUGGCAAAGCUGAGCCUGCCAUGCCAGGCCGCCUUUAUGUGCACCCAGACUCCCCGGCAACCGGAGCACACUGGAUGCGACAACUUGUCUCCUUCCAGAAACUGAAGCUCACCAACAACCACCUGGACCCAUUUGGGCACAUUAUCCUGAACUCCAUGCACAAAUACCAGCCCCGAUUACACAUCGUGAAAGCAGACGAAAAUAAUGGAUUUGGUUCAAAGAAUACUGCGUUCUGCACCCACGUCUUUCCGGAGACCGCGUUUAUCGCUGUGACUUCGUACCAGAAUCACAAGAUCACACAGCUGAAAAUUGAGAACAACCCCUUUGCCAAAGGCUUUCGGGGCAGCGAUGACAUGGAACUACACAGGAUGUCACGGAUGCAAAGUAAAGAGUAUCCUGUGGUCCCCAGGAGCACAGUGAGGCACAAAGUGGCCUCCAACCACAGUCCCUUCAGCAGUGAGACCCGAGCUCUAUCCACCUCGUCCAAUUUAGGGUCCCAGUACCAGUGUGAGAAUGGUGUCUCUGGCCCCUCCCAGGACCUGCUGCCCCCGCCUAACCCAUACCCACUGCCCCAGGAGCACAGCCAGAUUUACCACUGCACCAAGAGGAAAGAUGAAGAAUGUUCCAGCACAGAGCACCCCUAUAAAAAGCCAUACAUGGAGACAUCCCCUAGUGAAGAGGAUGCCUUCUACCGCUCAGGCUACCCCCAGCAGCAAGGCCUGAGUACCUCAUACAGGACAGAAUCGGCCCAGCGGCAGGCCUGUAUGUAUGCCAGCUCUGCACCACCCAGCGAGCCAGUGCCCAGCCUGGAGGACAUCAGCUGUAACACAUGGCCCAGCAUGCCUUCCUACAGCAGCUGCACAGUUACCACAGUGCAGCCCAUGGACCGCCUACCCUACCAGCACUUCUCUGCUCAUUUCACCUCGGGGCCACUGGUCCCUCGGCUGGCUGGCAUGGCCAACCAUGGUUCUCCUCAGCUUGGCGAAGGGAUGUUCCAGCACCAGACCUCAGUGGCCCAUCAGCCUGUGGUCAGGCAAUGCGGGCCUCAGACUGGCCUCCAGUCUCCAGGUGGCCUCCAGCCCCCAGAGUUCCUCUACUCUCACGGCGUGCCCAGGACCCUGUCCCCACACCAGUAUCACUCAGUACAUGGCGUCGGUAUGGUGCCAGAAUGGAGCGAGAACAGUUAAAGGCAGACGUUUGCCAGAGGGGGCAGGGCGGGAGAGAGACAGGAGAGGAGAGAGAUGGGGGACAGUAGCGAUGAGAAUGCCAUAGAUGAGAAACUCAUGUCAUCUGUCCUCACCUCUGUACCUGAGGCUCCCAUAGCCACUGAUCAGAUCAGUGGCCUGAAGCUGCCAUUCCAAAAAUCGUGGACUCUGUCGUUUUGACUCAAAACCUACAAAACAAACAGAAAAAAGAAAAAAGAAAGAAAGAUGAGUUCUACCCUGCAUGAUCUCUCCACUGUCAUCAACCAGGCACACUCACAACCCUUAGACAUGUUCCCCGAUUGUUUCUUUUGGGUUCUAGAACAUAUUGCCUCAUUGAGUGUUUGAUCCCGGUGCACGGUGAGAGACAUUCUGUGUCUCAGUGUUAAAGUUGACUUUGUUAUAUAAUAAAUAAUAAUAUAUUUUUUUCUUUGAAUUUUCUUACUGGGACCCAGUCCCUUAAAUGGAGGGAGAGCAGAGACAAAUAGGCCUCACAACAUGUACUUCCCGAGCUUCCCUCCAAUAAAUGAGCUAAAAUGUACAUUCGCCACCCUCCUCUAACAAAAGUACCUACCUCCGUCAUGUGAGAUGUCUACGAAGGUCCCAGAGUACCUGCUAGUUUUUGGAUCGGAGUU